UCAGUUCAAUCAUCAGUUUUGUGCUGCUGACUUUAAGUUGUCUGACAUGUUCCUGCGUUCGCUGACAAACUCCAGAACUGUUCUGUUUACCUCUUUACCACCCUGUACAUAAGUAUAUGAGGAACUGGAGUGCGGGACACAUAUGGCUGUGUAUGAUGAGAAUAUCCUGAAGAACCCUUUUUACCAGGCCCUGGAAAAACUGAGACCGGAUCUGUGCAGCAGGGUGGCAGAACUACAUGGCAUUAUUCUGGUGCCGUGUUGUGGAAGUUUACCAGCGGGCUCUUUUACAGCAUCUCAGUUCGACAGAUACGUGCUUCAGCCUGCCGAACAGGGUUACCAGACGCUGGAUGGAAAGGAAGUGUCUAUAGACAAUAACCAAGUCCGGCUGGGUGCAGGGUUUCCCAAUCCCACCUCUGUCCCCGUCCUGUUUGAGGAGACAUUCUACAAUGAGAAAGAGCAGGCCUACAGCAUACUGUGCAUCACGCGGCCCUUCGACGCUGACCACAGCCCUGCUUUCGCAGAGGAUUUAAGUACUGUUUCUGCUCCGUACUGUCUGAAGAAUAUCGAGGAUGCGAGGGAAUUCUUGGGCCGUCAUGCUGAAAAACUGGACAAGCUUGUGGCCGCCUUUUGUCACUCCUUAAAGGAACAAGAGUGGAAGGGCCUUCGACAUCAAAUAGACUCUGUAAAUACUCUUUACACAAAAUGUCUUCAGUUGCUGUUGAGGGACUCUCGUCUGAAGAUUUUGGUGAGACAGGAGAUACAGAUGACUCUACUCAAACAAGCAGUGGAGAUGUACAUCCAUCAUGGCAUCCAUGAUCUACUCUUUAGUUAUGUGGGGACUCUUGAAGCAAGUCGGGAUGCAGCAUUCAACAAAACAACACGGUCCUUACAGGAUCUGCAGCAGAAAGAGCUUGGUGUGAAGUCAGAAUUCAGUAUAAAUAUUCCUCGUGCUAAGUGGGAGUUGAGUCAGCUGAACGGCUGUACAUCUCCCCAGCAGAAACUGCUCUGCAUAAGGAAGGUUAUUUUAAUCAUCAUGCAAUCAACCAGACGCCGAGAUACAGCAGUGAGCAUUGAGGCCAUGUGUGCUGAUGAUCUCCUGUUAGUCAUUCUCUAUCUGCUAAUCAAAACAGAAAUCCCUAACUGGAUGGCCAAUCUGAGUUACAUAAAGAACUUCCGCUUCCGCAAGUCCAGUAAGGAUGAGCUGAGUUACUGUCUCACCUCGUUUGAGGCUGCGGUGGAGUACAUCAGCCAGGGAAACCUCACCCAGAGCGCUCUGGGGUCAGGAGAUCGACUGUCCUUCAGACAGAAGGUGGACCUGCUGUCCCAGAAUGCUACACCUAUAGACCAGCUGUUUGAGCACAUUGUGAGUGGAAAUGAGGCUGAGGUGAAGCGUUUGCUGAGCGAGAGUGAGAAUGAGGAGGACGGGAGGAAGUUAUGUCACCCACUCUGUUCCUGUGACACCUGUGACCGCCACAUCUCAGGGAGGUUAAACGACCCGUCCACAGUCACUCCAUUCUCUCGGGAUGACAGAGGCUAUACUCCUCUACAUGUUGCUGCUAUUUGUGGUCAGUCCCUGCUGAUUGAUUUGCUGGUGUCAAAGGGAGCUGUGGUGAACUCCACCGAUUAUCACGCGCUCACACCGCUGCACCUCUCCUGCCAGAAGGGCUUCCAGGGUGUCACGCUACUGCUCUUGCAUUAUAAGGCAAACACAGAUGCUCAGGAUAACAAUGGAAACACCCCUCUACACCUGGCCUGCAUGUACGGGCACGAAGAUUGUGUGAAGGCGCUGCUGUACUUUGACCUGCACUCCUGUCGACUGAACGUUCAGAACGAUAAGGGAGACACGCCGCUGCACAUCGCCGCUCGCUGGGGUUACGAGGGCAUCAUGGAGGUGCUCCUGGAGAACGGAGCAUCAACCCUCAUCCACAACAAAGCCAAGGAGACUCCAUUACACUGUGCCCUCAACUCCAAGAUUCUGUCAUUGUUGGAGCGCAGACACAAUGGCUCCAGUAAAAGGGAAAGUGGAUUUGAGUCUCCGAGUCGCUCUCCUCAGCCGUCUGACUGCAGCAGCAGGCGUUCAUCUAUGUCCAGCAUGUCUUCACUCAGUGUUGAGGCCACACCGCCGGAGACCGAACGCACUCGACACAAAGAGGUGGAGAAGUUGUUGAGAGCCGUGGCUGAUGGAGAUGUGCAGAUGGUGUGUUAUCUUUUGGAUUGGCUGGAUGAGGAGCCGGAGGAAGAGGAAGAUUCAGUGCCAGUUAAGACAGAGUUGUGCCAUCCUCUGUGUCAGUGCCCCAGCUGUGAACCUGCACAGAAGAAAGCAGCCCACCUGCAGCCGGACGGUGUGGGUGUGAACAGCAGUGCUGACGGCUUCAUUCCGCUCCAUGUGGCGGCGCUGCACGGACACACAGCUCUAGUGUCUCUCUUCACCCGCCACGGUGCCAACAUCAACGCCCGCAACAAUCAGAGCGCCACCCCGCUUCACCUGGCCUGCCAGAACAGCCAGAUACAGGUGCGCAAAUCCUGA